AUGAUUAGCAUGCAGGGAUCCUCCUGCACUGGACCGUUGUCAAAAUCAACUCACAAAAGGCCAGCCUGGCGACGCUUCCCCACCCUCCCGUCUCUCUGCGUCUUCGCCUGCCAACGGUCCGCAACCGCUGGCUUUGUCGAGUUCGAGGCGCGUGCCGACCGACGCUCAGCAAACCCGUUUGCGCAGACCCCCGGCAAGAGACAGCCCGCGCCGCGCCGCGUCGACAAAGAACGAGCCCGUCUGCUUUGCUUAUUAGACACGCCAUCCAUCACCCUCUUCCACACUGGCGGCCAUGAGCCGUGA